AUGAAUGAUUCUGAUAGACCCCUUAAUAACAUUAAUGGUUAUCAAAAACUUGUUGGGAAAUUGAUCUAUCUUACUCUCACUGGGCCAAAUAUAUCCUAUGUUGUUCAUAUUUUAAGUCAGUUUAUGCAUGAUCCUUAUGAGUCUCACUUAAAACUUGCAUUGAGAGUUAUAAGGAAAAGCACCACUGGUUUUAAUAUUCUCCUUGGUAGUACCCCCAUUUCUUGGAAAAGUAAAAAACAGGGCACCAUUUCUAGAUCUUCUGCUGAAGCAGAAUUUAGGGCCCUGUCUGUAGUUACUUGUGAAGUCAUUUAG